AUGGUAAGCAUCAUAUUUCAAUUUGUAAUAAAAAAAAAAAAUGCUGGAGCUUAUGUAAACUUAAAUUCAGAUAAAACCAUACCAGACACCUCAGUCAAUGUUGUUGGUUGUCAAGAUAAUAUUCUCCUACAAACUGCAAAAACUGAAAUAUCAGACACAAACAACUCAAUAAAGAAAACUAAAAAUAUUGCAAGAGUGUUAUUUGAUAAUUGCUCUCAAAAGUCCUUUGUGACAUCUGAUGUAAGAAAGAAGUUGAAUCUCAAAACUAUUCGAAACGAAAUUCUAAAUGUAAAAGUGUUUGGAGAAGGCUGUGAAAAGCCUCGAAAAUUUGACCUUGUCAGUAUUAAAAUUAAAAACAUCCAAACCAAUCAUUAUUCUACAAUCGAAGCAUAUGUUACACCAAUCAUAUGCUCUCCUAUUAUCAAUCAACGAAUCGACCUUGCAAAAUUGCAGCACACAGAAUUAGCCAAUAUACCGAUAGCUGAUGAUUUAAAAGAUGGAAAAGAAAUUGACAUAUUAAUAGGUGCAAAAUACUACUGGAACUUUGUAACAGGACAAUUAAUUAGAGCAAACCAAUCACUAACCGCAGUAAACACAAUUCUUGGAUGGACUCUUAAUGGAAAUGUUAAAUCAAUUAAUUCUGCUUCUGUAAAUAUAGCAUCUGUUCUUCAAACAUCUUCUGAACUAAUCUUAGUUAAUUCUGACGAUCUUGGCAGUCUUGGUAUAUUCUGGGAAUUAGAAGAUAUUAAUGAAAUAAACACAACCUUUGACUUAAAAAAUUUCUAUGACAAAAUCCAGUUUAAUGGUAAAAGAUAUUCCGUACCUCUACCUUGGAAACAAGAACGCAAACAGAUUCCAGAUAAUUAUGAGAAAAGCAAACUCAGAUUGCUAUCCACUUACAAUCGUCUCAAGAAAAAUCCAAACUUAUUGCAACAGUACAAUGAGAUUAUACGUCAGCAGGAACAUGAAGGAAUUAUAGAAAGAAUCCCCGAUUUUCCACCACUCGUAGGACAAGUCCAUUAUCUUUCGCAUCACGCAGUAAUCAAAGAGGAAAAGUCUAUCACAAAAUUACGAAUUGUCUUUGAUGCAUCGUCAAAUAGUCCUUCGUUAAACGAUUUGUCUGAUACGAAAUACGAAAGACCUGUACGAAUAGCAUCAAGAAACGGAAUACUAAUAAGACGCUUAAUGGGACAAUUUUAA